AUGAUCCAGAGCAUGUAUCCGCUCGAAUGUUGCGUCGGGCAAAACGACACCACCUCCUUCUAUUGGCUGUGCAUCGACGCUGCCUACUUUCCACUCUCUGCUCUUUUACAGCGAGCGCCUUCCAUGAGGCUGGAGGACAGCACCCGGCAGAUCGAGGAUGUGACGGCUGCAGUUGUAAUCGCGCUGGCCAUGGUGGCCGAAGCUGUGGGCGACCACGAAGCAAGCCAAACCCAUGUGAAAGGGUUGAGACAGAUUGUGCGGCUGAGGGCCGGCAUGACAGCCACGAAGAGCAACACGGAGGCUCAGAUCAAGAUGUGCCAUGUCGAUCUCAGCUGGUACCUCAAGACCGGCUGGAAGCCCGUGUUCUUUGACGGCCAUGUGUCGCGCGACAUGCGCACCUUCAUUGCCAUCGCCAAUCUCCUCAUCAACAACAAUAAUGGCAACGACAACAAGUUCCAUCCAGAAGUCGUUCUCGAAAUUAUAACAUCCAUCCAGUACCGUCUACUGCAGCUCGAAUACUCCUUCACAUCACAUCCUUUUGAAGAGGCCAUCCGCACCGACCUCCUCGCCUUCAUAGCGAGCAUCUUUCUGAAUCGUCCCGGGCUCAAGUCCAAUUAUUAUGAGUUCUUGCACGGCAGGCUACGUGUUUCUAUCGAUGCGCUCGAUGCCUUGUCCGUGUCCACCAGGCCGGUACUGCGCGAUCUGAAGCUAUGGCUGCUGCUUAUCGGAUCCAUUGCUACUACGAUAGAUAUCUACCAACCGUGGCUGGCGGAUUCUGUUGGGGGUCUUGUUGAUAUUGAUGGUAUGGAGGAGGACUGGCCUCGGGAGGUGUUUAACACCGCUUGGCAAACAUACGCCAUCUUCAAGAGAGUCCUUAUCAGACUAUGUUUCUACCGUCAGAGCUAUCUAGCGGUAGCUUCCUGGCUCAAUGACGAUUCCUCUCAACACAAGCGUGGCGGGCUCGCCACAUCGCCAACCGAGCGCAUUCAGAAUUUCGACGACUUCCACUUUAUGGUCUUCAGCCAUCUCAAAGGAUAUAUACUGACCCCCGGCAAGCCAGGGCCAACUUGGAACGGAGCCUUUAGGCAGCCGGCUUCCCUCCAUUAA